AUGAGUAAUAAAAGCCGACAACCACCAGGCCUGUCCGAGCCUUACGGUUACCCUUCCGUUCCCACUCCCACUUCUAGCGCCUCAGAAUUCCAAGGUCCAGUCCAACAAGAUAUCAUUAACACGACUGAGCAAUGGACCUAUGAUACUGCCUACAACGAUUCAAACUUUGGAUACAUGGCUCCAUUAUCAGAGAGUAAUCUGGGAAGUCAAUAUGAAUCCGACACAUCGAGAGCAUCUCGUGAUCCUAAUAGUUUAGAACGAUCCUCUGUGACAGGAGAAUCUUUACUUGAUUUACUGGAUGGUUCACAUACUCUUGACAAAGCUGCACACAUAUUUCCAAAGCCGAAUCCCAAGCAGCUACCAGAAGCUCUCAAAUACUUGGCUCCAGUACCUGUACAAAUAAAUGUUUCUCAUCAAUUUGACAAUACACAAUCGAGGCUCGCUCAGCAACAUAUACCUUAUGAAAUGCUACCUCUACGACAAAUUCCCCAAGAUUCUCACCAUUCCCAUCAACAAGUUCAACAUGCACAAUCAAUUCCCUAUCAGCCUUCUGCAACAAAUCCCACUACUCUUGCAGAUAUAAUUAACCCAUUCAUAUAUGGUGAUGUCGAUAUAUUUUCGCAACCAUUGGAAAUAUCAAUAGGUCCUGUGCCGCCGGCUUCAUUUUUCAAAGGAAAGCGGAAACAGUCUUUCAGUCCUUCUCCAUCUCCGGAGCCUUACUUGUCACGUCCAAGAAUGACCGUAAAAGCCAAACGACGACGUGAACGCAGUCCUUCUCCUUCCUCACACUCUCCAUAUGACUCCGAAUGGUGGGAAAGUGAUGCUUCGCUUUCACAUAUGGAAGAAAACCUUCGCGCCAUUCCUCGGAAUACACUAAAGAACAAAACCUGGCGAAUGUUUUCGGCUGAGAGGGCUGAAAAAGCUUUCGAUCACGAUUUUGACAAUGUCGUCUUUAGAGAUCAUUUCAUAUUGGCACAGGAGCAAGCUCGUUCAACCGGUGUUUUUGAUGAAAAAUACUCGGAUCUAAUGAUUAUAGCUCAAACAUACCAAGAAUCUAAUCUCGAACCUAACAAAUCGCUUGAAGCUUCUUGCAGAAUCCUCAUCGAAUGCUGCGAAUUGUAUAAAUGCUUCAUCACAACCACGAUGCCUCCGCCCCCAAUUCCGGUCCUCAGCCUUCUCGAAAAGAUUCGCACCACGCGCAGCACAAUGCGAAGAGCCUUCAAGGAAUACCAAGCACUUGCGCUCGCCCCCUCUGACUUUCGCUCUCGUCGCGACUGGCUCCCUUCGUUUCUUUCCGCAUGUUCACUUGCAAUAUCGGCAGUCGUGUUUAUAGAUAUGAUGAUAGCGAUUCCAUCACCUUAUAAAGAGAGGAUAUGGGGUGUGAACUGGCACGAGAGGAUAACUGGAAUCAGACAUGGAGGAUAUGGAAUGAUGCUCGAGGUUCUUCGAGCGAACACGAAGAAUGUCAAUCCACUGGAUUUAAGUUGUUGGAAUCAAGAUUUCGUAAUGGACACAAACUUUCAGAUAUUGAAUAACAACACCCACAAUACUUUCGCCGGGGAUCAAUUCACAAACUCGCAAUACAGCACUGGCUACACACUCGAUCCUUCUCACGACCCACCAAUUUUCUACGGACUCGCAACCCCAACCCAAGACUUUACUCAAGAUAUCCUAUACCCAAACAUGAAUUACGAUGCAACAUAUUAUAAUAACUGGCCACAGAUGCAAAUCCAAAUGCAACAACAACUCAAAGCGGAAGAAGAAAGAAGGAUAUUGUUAGGGAAUAAUUCACCCGAAGCAUUGCAAGGAAUGAUGGCGGUGAAAGAAUGGCAGAUGAAAAAUUAUGAACAUUUGAAGUUGGGUGAGGAUAUUUUUAAAAAGGAUUUGUAUCGGCAGGCGACUAUUAAUCCGAUUGCGGGUUUGUGGAGGAUUUUUGAUAUGAAGUGA